AUGAACAGUGACAUGAAUGAUACCGAGUCCGUCCUAAGUCGAAAGGAACUCGAUGAAAAUGCUCAGAAAUCACCACCAUCCUUUCCUGAGGGAGGAACUAAGGGAUGGCUCGCUGUAUUGGCUUGUUGGUGUGUGAUGUUCAACACAUUCGGCUACAUCAAUGCCUUUGGAAUCUACGAAGCAUAUUAUGAAGAGACAUUCUUAAAGAAUGAAAUAUCAUCCAAUAUUGCAUGGAUUGGUUCUCUUCAGACCUUUUUCAUGUUUUCAGCUGGUCUUAUAUCCGGCCCCCUGAUGGAUCGGUUUGGCCCCAAGGUCAUCAUGAUUCCAUGCUCGAUGCUCUUCGUCCUCUCGGUUAUGCUCACCAGUCUAUGUACCGAUUAUUACCAAUUCAUUCUGGCGCAGGGCGUGCUUGGAGGCUUAGCAAAUGGCCUCACAUAUACACCAGCAUUGACAGCAGUCAACCAUUACUUCGUGGAAAAGCGUCCAUUAGCCCUUGGAAUUGCCUCAACUGGAUCAUCCCUUGCUGGCGUGAUUUUUCCCGUGGCUCUAGAUCAAAUGCUCAAUAAGACGAACCUUGGCUUUGGGUGGUCUGUUCGCAUCAUUGGGUUUUUGAUGCUCGCACUCAGCAUCAUCGCCUGUGCGACUGUGUCAUCAAAUGCCCCAAAGAGAAGAAGUGGCUCACCUUCUUCCGUUCUCGCAGCAUGGAAGAAUCCAGCAUAUACGAUUCAAAUCAUGUCAUUUUAUCUGAUUGCCAUCACCAAUGCUGGGUCCAUGUUUGGAAGAUUAGUAGGAGGUGCACUCGCGAAUCAGAUCGGACGCUUUAACACUCUAGCUGGAUCAUCUGUGAUCUGUGGUAUUCUUACCCUUUGCUGGAUAUCUAUCAACUCUCUCAGUGAGAUGAUUGUGUUUAGUGUCCUAUUUGGAUUUUUCUCUGGUACUGUGAUCGGAAUUUUCCCUGCGACUAUUGCCAUGACGGCCCCUCAGCCCAAUGAGAUUGGCUCGUAUAUGGGUAUGGGUCUCGGAGUACUGAGCUUUGCCGGAUUGACUGGGACUCCAAUUACUGGUGCUAUGAUCACUCAGUAUGGAGGCUACCACCCUGCAAUGAUUUUCGCUGGCGUUUGCAGCCUGGUUGGGGCUGCGAUUAUAUUUGGCGCAAGGCUACGUCUUGCGGGCAGGCAGCUGGUUGCAUGA